GGGGAGCAGGGUGUGCUCAGACUGAGAGUCUGAAUCUAAAUCAGAGAGGAAGAAUUCUGCCGAAGGGUUCCUGUUAUUUUUUCAGCCACACAUAUUAUUUAAAUAUAACCUCUACAACCAGGAAUAAUCUUUUUCAUUAUUAUUUUUCAACUCUUUCAUACUUUUGAUUCAUACUUGUGGAUUCUGCCGCUCUUGGACAACAGCGUCUGAAAAACCUCAUAUCUCUCUGGAGUUUUUUGUGAGAAGACCUAAUACUUUAAUCACAGGACAUCAAGAAUUUGAUACAUUGUUCUGCCAAAGUUGUCAUCUGUGUGGGACACACUUUGACAUGGGGGUUGGGAAUAAGGAGCUACUCAUUCUCGGCUUGAUGUGUAUGCUGGGGAACUGUUUCUCUAAAUGUGGGAAGGGUUUCAUCACCAACGAAGGGCGUGAUUGUGUUGAUGUUGAUGAGUGUAACGAAGACCCAGAACAAUGUGGAAAAGGCGCAAAGUGCUAUAACACCAAUGGCACUUACUACUGUGUGUGCUUACCUGGCUUCAGGAACAUUGCUGGGACCAUUAACUUCACAGUGACGACUGGACAGUGCCGAGAUAUCAACGAGUGUACCGCUGAAGGUGGACGCUGCGGCCGUGCUGGUCACUGUUCUAACCUGAUUGGGUCCUACAACUGCACCUGCCAAUCUGGUUACUUCAGCCCCAAUGGCACAGAAAAGUGCAGAGAAAUAAAUAGAUGUGAGGAAUCUAAAAUCAACAUCUGCGGAGAGAACGGCACGUGUCAGAACGAUGAAUUGAGUUACUGGUGCAAGUGUCAACAGGGAUACAGCAACUACGGCAACAAAAGGACGCCGUGUUCAGAGCUUAAAUGUGAUGGCUUCAGUGCUGAUAGUGGACCUACACAGUCGCCCCGAGGCUUGGCAAAUAUUUUGUCCAUGAUGAGAAACAGCUGCUUGGCUCUGUCCAGUCCAAGUGCUGCCGGUGGAGAGAAGUUUGACGGAGAGACGCUACUGGAGAAACUUUUCACAGCAACCGAGGCCGUCCUGUCCCCCGGUCGUCCAGACACCGCUGAGGAUGUGAGUUUGUUGCUCGGCACAGUGGAAAACUCCAUCAUGUUCAUCGGUCCUCAGCUCAAAGGAAACCACACCAAGAUACAAACCAAUGAGACAGAUGCACAGAUUGCUGUUCGAAGGGGAAGCACGCGACCCACUGGAGCGAUCCAUUUGACUAAUGAGAACGCAACACUCGAAACCGACUGGGAAACAGCAUCUGGGACGGGAACGUACCCUGGCUUCGCCAUGGCUGCACUGCUGACCUAUAAGAAUCUGAAGAUCUCAGGGAACCGUUCUUUUGAGGAGCUCAAAGGACGUGAAAAGGAUGGCGUGGAUCCGUCCUUCCAGAUCUUCUCCAGAGUCGUGUCUGUCGUGGUCUCUAAUCCCUCCACACAGAAUCUGAGCCGCUCUGUCAACAUCACACUCAGACAUUUAAAGGACGCAGAGGAGUCCCCUGAGGAGAGGUACAUCUGUGCUUACUGGACUGAGAGAGAGACCUGGUCCACAGAUGGCUGCUAUCAACAUCACUCCAACGCCACACACACUGUGUGUACAUGUGAACAUCUGAGUAGCUUUGCUGUGCUCAUGGCCCUGUACCCCAUUGAGGAACCUUUUGGGCUCCUGUUGGUGAACAACAUCGCGCUGAUCAUCUCCAUCGUGUGUCUGUUGCUGAGCAUCCUGACCUUCAUGUUCUGCCGCUCCAUCAAAGGGACCCGCACCACCAUCCACCUGCACCUCUGUAUCUGCCUCUUCCUGGCCGACCUCAUCUUCCUGGCUGGCAUUUCACAAACUGAGCCUGUGAACGGCUGCAGGUUUGUCGCAGCGAUGCUCCAUUACCUGUUCUUAGGAGUCUUCACCUGGAUGUUGCUGGAAGGCGUGCAGCUCUACCGAAUGGUGGUCCUGGUGUUCAAUGCCACCAUCCGACCCCUGUACCUAUUCCUGGCCGGUUACGGGAUGCCCCUGCUUAUCGUCAUCAUAUCUGCCAUCAUUAGACCAAAAGGAUACGGCACUGACAAAUUCUGCUGGCUGUCUCUAGAGGACGGCCUCAUAUGGAGUUUCGUCGGCCCUGUGUGCUUCAUCAUCGUCAUCAAUGUCUUCUUCUUCAUCAUCACUGUUUGGAAGCUGGCCCAUAAGUUCACCAGCCUCAACCCAGAGCUAUCCAAGCUAAACAAAAUCAAAGCAUUCACAGUGACAGCUAUAGCCCAGAUGUGUAUACUGGGUCUCAUGUGGGUGUUUGGGACCUUACUGUUCCAAGAAGGCACCGUACAUACCAGGACGGUCUCCGCAUAUAUCUUCACUAUUCUGAACAGCCUGCAGGGGGCGUUGAUCUUCAUCUUGCAUUGCCUGCUGUCCAAGCAGGUGAGAGAAGAGUACGCACAUUUCCUCUCCUGCAUCUGCACAACACACAAGAAGAGAUACUCGGACCUCACGAGUACCAAUCCCUCCAGUACUCAGUCACAAGGCUCUAGAAGUGGGCAGCAGACCAGUGAAUCCCAAAUAUAAAGAGCUCCGUCUUUUAUUCCUCCCGAAAAGACUUUGAACAAUUUAAGUUUAGAGUCUGCUUGCUGUUGUGUGUUGCAGCAAAAUCAACAUGAAAAGAUACAGGAAAACAACAUGGUGACAAAUUAAAGUAAUGACCAACAUACAGUGUCAUUUUAUCCCCUUGAUGAUUUUCAGACUGAUCAAACCAUUCCCUGACCUCAUGCUACAUGGUUAGAGUCAUCGUCAAUCUUUUAUUUCUGAUACACCAAAUCAUUUUGUUUGUGGGAAUCAAAAUAACAUUGACCCUGUUCCAAGGUCACAAAACAAAAAUGUCGGGAACCAUUUCUCCAAACCAGAGACUGUAUUUAAAUAUUGAUGAAGCAUCCCCACAUCCUCCCACUGCCCAUUAAGCCAAAACAACCCAGGUAUGAACGCUGCCGUCUUGAGCAAUCGUUAGUCUGUCUCAGUUGUCAAUCAUGAUGUUUCAUUCCAUUUUUAUAGCAUCAAAUUACUAACUAAGAAAACUUACCUCUAAAUUUAACAACGGAAUAAACAUAAGUGUGAUAAGAACUACCUAAAAUUACAGAAAUCAUUUUUGAGAAGCGAUAGAUUUGAUGUGUACUUAUUUUGUCCAUGUACCAUUCACUAACAUGGAAGAGGCAGAAUUUUUUUGCGUUUAUUGCAGCCUGCCACCAGGGGGCGAUUAAGACACUUUGGUUUCACUUUUAGGGGGCAGUCAACCCGUCCAUCUUUACAUACGGUCUAUCCUUAAACACACAUCUGUCCAAGGCCGGUCAGAUCCUACUGAAGCCAAUUCUUAUCCUUAUCGCUCAAACCCAAUAAUCUGAAUAAAUCCAACAGUACGUCCCUUACAAAGUGUGACAUUUAUUCCUCUUUAUAUUCUUAUUUUCCCCCACUGAUAAUGAUGUACAUCACCAAUGAUAGAUAAAAGUGUGUUGAUAAUGAUUACAUUUCUGUUUUGGUUCGAGGUUAUACUUAAAGUGUUCUCAUUGUUGCAGCAGGCAAAGAGAAGCAAAACCUCUAAAAGUGUUUUUUCAGGAACUCUGUAAGUGAAAGUGAAGAUAUUUUAGUAGCUUAUCGGUUCAGCAAGAACAUAUCACUGUUGUAAAAUAAGCUGUAUUACCCUUGGGAGUGGUUGAAAGUGAAAGUGAUGCAGACUAUUUAUUUUCCAAGAGCAGACUAUGAAGUCUAUGUUUUGAGGCUGCAAGGAAAUAUGUUUAAAGCACGAGCAUACACUUUGCACUGCAUUUUAUAUAAAUGUAUGAUAUAGAUAUAUGCGCGGGUGGGCUUUUUUGUUCAGGGGAGCUUCACAGAAUGUCUUUGUCUCCAUGUACUGUAUUGAAUAGUAUUCUGUUACAGUAAGAAACAACUGACUGAUGAUGCAAAUUACCCAUGAAGUGCCUCUGAUGGCUCCUCCUGCAAGUCCCAUCUGGGCGUCUGCAAGGUUUUCAUGUCUGUUGUUACUUACUUGGAAACAAAAUACGUGAUUUAGAAAAAACCACUUAUGGCUGUUUUUUUUAUAAUCUAUCUUGGCUUGCAAAUGAGCUGUGCCACCUUAUGAAGCUUCUUUUAUUCUUAAAUGUGUGACGAAGAAAUCUCGUCCAAAGUGACUGCUUUGACAAAUCACAAAAACAGACCCACCCCUGUGAUAAGCCUGCAGCUUCCUGCAAUCAUGGUUUGUUUAUGAAAGAAAAUGUUCUUAUUAUAACUAUAAGCCUGUGCCUCAACACACUGUUAGUGAGUGUAAGGUCUCACAUUCCUGAAAUGAAGUGUGUGUCAAAAAGGAGUUGUACAAAUUGGAUUUUAUUGCACUUUUUCUUUGUCAAAAUGAUCGUCCAGCAAAUCCUGGAGUCAUCCAUCCACUUACAGAACCAGAACAGUUUACAUGUAGAAAUAAAACUCUCAGUUUUAUUUAAAAAAUAUAGUUUUUUUUACUAUUUGAUAGAAAUUGAUUGGAUUAUCUGAAAGACAUUGAUUUUUUUGAUAUUUUGGAUUUCAAAUCUGUCUUUUCAUGUGAUUUGUUUGUAUUGAAAUUGUUUCUCCCUUUGGUUGGAGACCAUGACGAAUGCCACGUCUAUGUAGAUUGGAUCUAAACUGUUCUUCGGUUCUAAACUGUGACUGCAAACACAGUAUCAAGGGGAAUGACAACGAUUAUUCAUGCAUUGCAGAAAUUAUUUCUAUGUGAAGAAGCUACUCUGCAAUCUGCAGAAUUUUUUGAAUGUAAGAUUCUUAUUGUUAGAAUGUACUAUAUAUGUUGUAGUUUGGAGCUAUAUGAACCUAUUUUUCUACUUGUUUUGUUGUAUGAUGUUUGGUACUUUUUUCUUUAAAGAAUAUGUAGCAAGAAAAUGUUAAUAAAAACCUUCACUUCUA